AUUGGCCUCGGGCUAUGCUCACAAUCCAGGGGUGGUUCCUCCGGUUUUGUUUUGCUAAGAUCGAUUAAAAGGAACGGAGGUGAACGGGAAAAAUAAGCGCAAUUCAUCUAUCGUGAUUCGUGAAUGAUCAAUGAUGUCGAGUCCGCGACACCUGAUCAUACUCAUGCAACUCAUCAGCAACGCAAGAGUGCAAACGUUUUACUAGGUACAUCUAGGGAGGCAUCCGAAAAGCCAUUUGGAUCCACGAAAUUCACAUCCAGAACUUUCGUGCGGAGCGUAAACAUGCUUCGAUCGCUCGCUCUUGUUACUCUGGGAGCACUAAAUACACAAUGGACCCCUCCAAGCUCCUGUCUCUCAACAACGACGUUAUGGGGCUCGUCUUAUUUUCUCGGAUUUCAAAGCACGAUUGGUCUCGAUUCGGAAUGCAUACCCAAUGCUUUUGCAACACCCACGGAGAGCAUCGUUACUUCCGCCCUGAUACAAAUCACAACUGACACCAACGAACCGACACCAUCAACCUAUGCGACAAUCACGGGCUACACUACACUCACUCCAUCAGCAACGCGAACCGCUCUAGGUCAACUGAUGCCCGCCAGUGAAAUCAUAUCCUCAGUAGGAUAUUACUCCCCAGGCGUAUGCCCAUCAGGUUAUACCUAUGCUGCAAGUUUCACGGCUGGAAGGCCAUCGGCGUCGGAAUCGGAAUCACGGUACAUUUGCUGCCCUAGCGGAUUUCAAGCACCGACCUGGACAUCUACAUCAACCCGGACGAGCAAUGGGGCGAGGUUUAUCGCCAAAGUGGCAACUUAUGACUAUCCAUUAUGUAGUCAAUCUGCCACAACCCUCACAAAUCUAUGGAGCAUGACACCAGGAUGGCCAGACGUGCGGCCAUCGUCAUAUACCCUUACAGAAGCCGAGCGAACUUAUUCGGAAAAUUAUUUCCGUGUGAGCGCGUCGGGAGUAGUGGUCGCAUGGAAUCCUACGGACACCGCUGUCGUCGAUUUCAUACGCAGUAACAACGUUUCGCUACCGCCCCUUCCAACGUACGGACCCGAAUCCAAAACCCAAUCUAAGAGCUUGAGCCCCAGCAACAUCGCCGGCAUUGUGGUCGGGUCCAUAGGUGUCGCCUUAGGCCUUGGCUGCUAUAUCUGCUGUGCGUGUAGGAAGAGACGAAAGACCUUCCAGCCAAUCUCAUCGCAUGAUGGUGGCUCGACGGAACACGGGGUUGGCACGUCGACUACGUAUUCAAACGUAGUCACAACGCCAUCUUCAGUAUAUCAUGGCACGAAUAUGGAACUGUCGAAUAUUUUUACUGCAACGACGGCCACCACCACUCCACAGCCAGAGAGGCCGGCACGAGACACAGAUGGUGUCUUUGCAGAGGCGCCGCCGCGGUAUGAGGAGGCGGUCUCGUCAUCGAAGCCUUGAAUGAUACCCUUGGGUUUAUAAUAGUGCCUUUGCAUUUGGAAGGGCGUUUAGGUCCUUUGGAAUGUCUUUGUUUGGAAUAUCUUCGCAAUGAAUCUAACCGCACCGGUCCAGCGCGUCGAACUCGAACACGCAGACGACAGCAAUUUCUUCAAAGAUCCUGCCUCCGAGCAGGCACUCUUGAAUGGGGGGAUAUAU